ACGUUCCAAUGCUGGGACGGAUCCGCAAGCGGGAGGGGUUGGUUCCCCCCCCCCACCUCAUUGUUCUCCCAUGCGGGGCAACUGCUUUUCUCCCCCUCGCCCAGUGGCUACUUUCUUGGAUAAAUAAUUCUCUAGUUAUACAAUAAAGGACAAAGAUCAAGAAGGCAUAAAGACAGCAUGGCAGAAGCAGCCCAGUCGAAGGAAAUCCUCUCGCAGUCUAGUAUGGGAGGCAGGCAGGAUUCAGGACCAAAUGUUAGUCAGCUCAGAAUUAAGAAAAAUUCUGAGAAACAGAAGGAAAUGAAAACCAGACUCACCCACUGGGUCACAAAACGACCAACAUCAGGUAUUGUGGGACAGAAACCAACCCAGAGGAGAAGUCUUUCAGACCUGGAUUUAAGUACCCACAAGAGGAUGGUUAUACAAAACCGACAGAGUGGGUGGAGCAACCACUAUGGUAGCCCACUGGGGUCUCACUCCAAGAUACCUGCAGAAUCCAGAUGCUACAGUGCUCCCCCAAAGCCAACAAUCAAACAAAACUCUGGAAGUGGAAAGCUGUACAGUCCUGUGACAAGAGGUGAAGACAGAAGUGUGGCCUACAGAAGGCACCACUCACAGCCAUCACCAGCUCAAAGACACAGUGCUCUCGGCAGAUUUGGGGAGAAUAAGAGGCUGACCCCUGAAGAUCUGGAGAAGCAGCGAUAUCAAACCAUUGCAGAAUACCAGUUUAUGACUCCAGGAAAGACCUUUUACUAUUGUACGAGGGAGAAUGUGAAGCAGCAUUUGCGCUCCAUUUACCUAGCCCAUCAGCCGGGUCAGAAGCCACCUAAAUCAGCCCUUCAAGCAAACUGGCCUCCUGUUUGCUGCCAGGAGAAACACAGGACCCUCAGGAGAAAUCCACUCACUGGUGCCACCGGUGAGUUUCUGGGAGACGUCUCCAGCCUGUGCACAUCCCCCAUGCCACAUGGCAUGAUGGAGCUAGCACACAAGGUCAGCAAGUUAGCGCUUGUCAGCGAAAGAAUGCGUGUACAUGAAGAGAACUCCCCCAAGAGGAGAGCAGAGAAUCGAAGCCAUGUGCCGCUGCAGCCAAACACUGAAAAACCCAUCCUCUCAGCCAAUGAGCUCCAACCAAGCAGUGCAACGGAAGGAAAGGAAAGCAAGGAAGGGCAGGCCGUGGAACAGGAAUUCAACGUGAAUACAUUGCCCCAAGGUUCUGGUAUAAAGACGCUACAGGCUUUAAAAGCUGUUCAAGAAAUAAUCAACAAGGGAAGAGGGGGAUCAGGAAGGGUUCACACUGUUACCGCUCUGAAAAAGAAACCUGACACUGGAAAUAGCCAGGCUCUGAAGAACAUCGUAGGGCGCAGUUUUAGCCAGGACUCAGCAGAUAGAAAGGAUACGGCUGAAGACUUAUUGAACCUCCCACAAAGCAGCAACUGUAAAGACACUGGGGUAGCUCAUGACAGCAAGGACAGUGCCAUCAUCAUCCCCACACUUGAUUGUCCACUCACGCCAGAUGAGAGCACAGACAUGGACUUGCUACCCAAUGUGCAUUCAAGCAACUCUAAGCUUGCUGAAUCUCCAGCAGGGGAGAAGGGUCAGGCGUCUCAUCCCAGAACAGUAAGACCCAGUGACCUGUCUUUUACCUCACUAUGGGAAAAACCUUCUGGUGUUCUCAAACACUGCAUCUCCAUGGAGAAGGGCAGAUGCAGCACUCAUAGGCUCUUAGGAACCCUGCAAGGACCCUUGGACCCAGAGAAUGAAAAGGAUGCGUUCUGUAGUAUGGACAGUCUUUCUGUUCCCUUCCAAAGGAAGUGCCUGGGAACAGAAGUCCUCUUUUCAUUGUCCGACGAUGAUGAUGAUGAUGAGUAGAAGGAAGAGAGAUGGGAACCAGUGACAAAUACUUCAGCUGGGCCCCAGAAGCUGUUCGUACUGACUGAGGGGGAAGUGGAAAGCUUGCUUUAAAGAAAAUGGAAGUAUUGGAAGCUAAGUAUCUUUGAGAAUAGAAACGUUGUCACUCGUUAUUAACUCUUCUUACCAAGCCUUGUGCUAGUGUAUUUCCAAACUUGUUCGUCACAGAUUGACUCUUAAAGAAUUUAAGAUGAACCAUGGGGUGGGGG